CAACCACAAAUAUUUGAGAAUCACACAUUACAUGGCGGGUGCUGUAGUAUUUCUCCCCGGUCUGGCAACACUUCCUCGAGGCCUCGCGUAGUAAUGGCGACACCCACAACACCAUGUACCAGGCCCGAGCGUUCCGUUCUGGCCGCUCCCUCAGGAGACGUCAGGAGAGUGAGGACGAGAACAUACAGCUGGACACAGGGCGAGGGGUGCCCGGGGUGCUGUGCAAGGUCCUGUCAGUGGUGUGCCAGCAGAACGGCGUGUCCAAGAGUCGGCGUCUGGGUUACCUCAACGCAGCAGUCAGGGCCAUUGUGGAGAUCCUCGCCCUGGGCCCCAACAAACAGUCGCCGCUAGAUGAAGAGGCCAAUAAGCAGCUUGAGGAGAGAGUGCCACUUACCAAGGAUCGGGCUGCUCCCUCCUCCCCACCACCUGCCCUAGACUUUGGAGAAGAGGAAUUUACUCGGGAGCAAUAUUUUUGUUUGCUACGAUGUUGUCUAGUCCAGUCAGGGAAGGAGGUCCGUGCGGGCGGCCUGCGGUUACUUCGCUACCUCAUUUUCACCAAGGAAGACGUACAGGCACUCAACACAGUCAAUGUUAUGCCCCUCAUCAUCAGGUGCAUGGACAUCUCGCUGGACAACCAGGUGGAGCGUGUGCAGGCCUUAAGGUUGGCUCGUCGGCUGCUCAUGGUGGCACCAGACCUCUUCCCUGUGGCCCUGGCACGCUGCCUCGUGGCCAUUGCACGGGAUGGGGCCAAGGAGAGGGACAGGCUGCUCAGGUCAGCUCUGGCCACACUAAAUGAAAUGGCCAUCCUGAACACAAGCAUAUUUGUGGAGUGUGGUGGCGUUGGCGUGGUGCUGCACAACAUCCUGGACUGUGCCAUGCCGCGCAUCAAUGAGGCACUGCUGGGGGCCAUCCUCUUCAUGGUCAACACCCCUCAGUGGCGGCCGCACUGCUCCGAGCUGCACCAGAUCCUCGCACCCUUCUCAGAUUUCAACUACAAACACACCAGCUAUGACCUCGAGUACUACAGCAAAAGUGAGGAGCGUGAACUGCGCACUCAGGCAGGGAAGCUGGCAGUGCUGGUGUGUCUGCGUAGCUGGCCGGGCCUUGUGACGCUGUGCCAGCCCAACACAGCAGCCCUCAAGUCCCUGGUGGCUCUGCUCUACCCUAACCAUGAGGAGACCAGGAAAGCUGUCAUCGAGUUGCUGUACGAGUUGUUCCGUGUGCCGAUGGUGGAGUGGACGGGGGACUAUGACGAGGCACUGGCCAAUUACAGGACACUCCAUGCCUCGGACACAGACCUGUGGCGGCUACACGAGAGCUUUGUUGCUGCUGAGGCCAAGGCCAUUUUGCCACACAUAGCAAAGUACAGACCAAACCUCAUCCAGAACCACCUGGCCUUGGUGCUCUACACGCUGAUGUGUGUGGAUCUGUUCCCAGCCCUGUGUGAGGUGAUUGUGUCCAGCUCAGCCCAACUGUCAGUCAGGACCACUCUGCUGCUUGGUGAGCUUCUGCAUCAAGCCAACCAAAACCUGCCUGGGGAGUGUGGGUCCCUGUCACACUGCCUUCCCCUGUUGUUGGAGCGUGCAGCCGGCAAUGACGCCCUUCAGCGCAUGAGAGCCACGCAGGCCAUCACGGCGCUGCUUAUGCUGUCCCGCUCCAAGCUGAGCACUAGCAGCAACAGCCCCACGUCCCUCUACCUUGCACAGAUCAUUCAGUCUGCCCCAAAGGCCAAGGGUGCUGGCCCCAAGCUGGCCAAUGAGGCUGCCAGUGCCAGGCUGAGCAAGUGGCUUGGGAAGGACCACGAUGAGCUGAUCAGCCAGACGAUGAAGGACUCACACGUACUCAUCAGUGGGCGGGAUCCCCACUUGUGGAAGUGGGAACUUAUCAUUCCAAUACUCAGGUGGCCUUCAUCAUCGCUGCAUCGGCUGGAUGAGAGCAACUACCGGCUCUUUGUGAAGCGUGUGCUGCACUUCUACAAGCCCAGCGCUGGACGCUUUGCCAACGUGGACCUGACGCACGACCUGGCCCCAGUGUUUGCCCAGACCCUCCUCUACUUCUGUGAUUUCCUCCUUGGUUCCCCAGAGCAGGACGAGUGCAUCAAAUACAUGGAGGAGUUACUUGUGGACAUCAGCACUCACUUGUCGUAUGUGGUGUGUGACCGACCGCCCCCUGACGUGGUGAUGUCCCCCUCCCACCUCAAUACCACCACAGCGCAGUACUACUUCCUGGCACUGGGGAGGCUCUCGCGCUCCGACCGGGGCCACGAGAUGCUGGUGAAGUCUGGCAUCAUUGAACAGCUGCAGGAGUUGGUCACUGUGUCUCAGAGUGACAUGUAUGCCAAGCUGGUGUCUACCUGUCUUGACUACUCAGUUAAUGAGCUCAAUAGGGCCAUUUUGACCAAGAUCCUGACAGGGUGCCAGGAGUCGGCGCGGCUGUAUGGCACCCAGCUGCUGCGUGCCUUCAUCAGGGUCGGUGCUGAGGACUUCUCGCGGUGGGGUGUGGAGCUCCUGGUGGGGCAGCUGUAUGACGAGAGUCGCCUUGUGUCCCUCGCUGCUCUCGACGUGCUGGACGAGGCGUGUGACAAUGAAGAGUACCUUGAGGCUGUGCUGUGUGCUCCUCCAUCAGUGCUACACCUGGGGGACCGGGGACAGCUGCUACUGGUGAAGCUCAUCUCCUCUCCCAGGGGCUUCAGGACAUACCAGGAGGCCAACUUCAUCAACACAUUGCUUGAUAAGUGGGCCACAACGUACUGCUACAAGUACGUGAGGAUGAUGCAGCUGGCCAUCGCUGACUCCAUCACGCAGCACCAGCGCGGGGAGGACGGGACAUACGGGCGGCGGACGGGCAGCAAGCAUGUGGUGCACGACGUGUUCCUGAUGCCCCACCUCUACGGCUCCCUCACCCAGCACAGGGACGGCUUCGCGGCACUCAUGCAGCACGAGGCAGUGAAGACCAUGGUGCAGGUGGUGAAGACCGGUGCAGUCACAACCCCACAGGACAUCUUCCAGCUAAAGGUAGCAGUGUGGGCAAUGGGCCAUAUAGGGCUGAGUAGUGACGGGGCAGGCUUCCUGAGCUGCGAGGGGGUCCUGCGCUCCCUCACCCACCUGGCAGCCUUCUGUCCUGUGUACUCGGUGCGAGGCGUGUGUUUCCAUGCACUGUGCCUCGUUUCCACCACGAAGGAGGGUGUCAGUCUCCUCCGCAAGCAUGGCUGGGAGUGUGUUCAGCGUCACCACCAUGAGCAGUGGCAGAUGGUGGAGGAGAUGGAGGGGUGGGCGGGUGGGGGGCCAGUGCAAGGCCAGGCCGAUGACUCCUUCUUCAGCCCCAACAACCACCAUGUGUCGGAGAGUGAGGUGGAGGACCUGGACCUUGCCAAGCCUGGGUUUUAUGUGGGAGACGACUCCGAGGAUGGCAGUGAUGGUGGCUCAAUCCUGGUGGAGGGGAUUGGACUGGAUGACCCGUACCCCACCACAGGCAAAAGUCAGACCUUGCCCCACAAAUCCAAGCCUCCCUCUGCUAUGGGCCACCAGCGCAGCCUCUCAGACUGUGCCCCUGUGUUGGAGGAGAUGACAUCAGACUCCCAGCUGCCUCCUUCCCAUGAUGACCUUACUGUACACAAAAGGUCGUCGCUGCGCUUCAGCAAGUUCCUCGCUAGUGUUCGGAGAAAGUCGGAGCGAAGGCGGGAGUCCACCAGCAGCCGUGCCAGCAAUUCCUCCGCCACGUCGGAGCGGAUGACAGACCGCGUGACUGCCUUCCUCCAGUCAGCACGCCGCAUCAGAGGGGCCAGCUCUCGCAGCCACUCCCUGACGGACCCCACAGGCUCAGACGAGGAGAUGGGCGACCACCGGGGCACCACCACACUCAGCUCUGACUCCCUCUCAGACCCUGCCGAUAUUUCUGUUGCUGAGCUGCCCCACGAUGGGCCGGCACACCCGAGGGAGCAACUGCAGGAAGCACUCACACCCCAGCCUCCCAGGACCCAGGUGGAGUGUCGUCUGAGUCCCAUCGCCAGUGGAACAUCCCUUGUCACGCUGGGCUCCCAGUCCAUGGUGGAGUGCGCCUCGGAGCUGAGGAGGGGGGGCCGGGGAGGCUCCAUCAGGGGGUCCAGUGGGGCACUGUUUGCGGAGGAUGGCGGGGAUCGGACAGGAGGUAGCACCACCCCAGUAAUACCCGGCUCUGGGGUGGUGACCAGCCAGCCCCUAUCCACCCAGAGUUACUUCACCCUGCGCUCCAUCACCAACCACCGCCGGGUUGUGUCCGAGUCCACCCAUGAGGAGAGGACCACCAGGAACUCCCUCAAGGGCUUCCUCUCCUCCAGUUAUGAGCACGGUGGACAGUUCAUGAUGCCUAACUUGCUGGAGGUUCAGGGGCUGGUGCGCUCUCCCUCUGGCUGCAGUGAAGUGUCCUCUGUGCGGUCAGGGGUGCGAGGCAUCGGCUUGGGGCCCAGCAGCAGCAGCAGGGCCCUGGGCAGCUACAACCCAAGCGGGGCCAUGCUGCACCAUGCCGGGCAGUGCUACAUCGGCUUUGCUCUGCCUCUUGACCUGGACUUGCUGCUCUAUGAUGCUUCCAUGGACAAGAAAGCCGGGCAGGGUGAGGGAGGAGGGUCUGCUGCUGCCACCACUGCUGCCAACAGCACCCCCGGCAAGGACAGGUUCCCGGCCAUCACUGAAUCGGAGCUUGAAACACAGUCCGAGGAGGAUCCAGACAAGAGGAAAAAUGGCAGCCACAAGAUGAAGGGCGGCGAUGGGAAGACCCCCAAAGACGAGAGGGAAGGGACCGGCCUGGAGCUGCACACCCCACACACCUGCCUGGCCUGCUUCACCCUCACCCCGCCCUCGCCCCCGCCCACACCCAGGGGUCCAGGCCAGGGUGAGGGCGAGGCUUCUGAGACAGCCUUGAUGGUGGAGUCUCCCCCUCUGCAGCGUGUCAAGGCCAUCAGUGAAACCUCAGAGGCCUCGGACACUGGUAGCUUCACCAGCCAGGGGUGGGAGGACACAGGUGAGAUCAAGGGCGGGCCGGAGCGUGUGAACCAAACCCUAUUCAGGAAGGAGGUGCUGCGGUUCAUCACCAACUUGCUGUCUUCCAUUGCUGCCAAGUCUUCAGAGUCAGGACUGUUGACACUAAAGCAGCGGUGGCCGGAAGGUUUCAAGGAUGUCUGCCUCUACUCAGAGAUCUGCCUCGUCCUUGCAUCUUACAACUACAGACUCACGGCCCGACGCUUCAUCCAGGAGCUCUUUAUGGACCUUGUGUUCAGAGAGGUGUAUGCGGAGGCUUCGGCCAUUCUAAAGCAUCAGUUUGAGGGGCUUUGCGAGACCAUGAACCCAGCGGUGCAGGAGCUGCCAUCCACCAAGAUCUGUUCCUCCCUCCAGCCUCCUUCCAUGGCAGACAUUGCUGAGGUCUCUCUGUCAGACAAGUCAGAUAGAGAAGAGGAUUGCUAGUGUCAGCUGUCAGGGCUAAACCAAGGAAGUGUGGAAAGGUUUAGCCAAGUGGUUGACCAAGGAAAUGUGGAAGAGAUUAGUCAAAUUGUUGACCAAGGAAGUGUGGAAGACUUUAGCCAGCUGGUUGAUUAUGAUGUUGAAGAGAGAACUGGCAGCAUCUGUGAAUGUUUUUGAUAGCAUCAGCCUGGAACUGGAACAGGAGAAGAAACAAUUAAAUGUUCAUAUUUAAAGGUAAAUAUGAAAAGGAUGAAUUCCUGCAUACUGUUUCUUCUGAACCAAAGGAAGAAUAUUAAAAGAAAAAAAAAUCAAUUUUGCAACUUGUGUAGAUGCACAAGUACAAGAGUAAGCGACCAUGAAAGGCAAGGUAAUAAAAAACGUGAUGCAAAAUAAAGAUGCAUCAAAUUGGUAACAACCUUUGAGAACUGGUUGCUCAAAAUGGCAGCAUUAAGAUGUUUGCAAAAAUCAAGUGGCUUAUAUGCUAUAGAUUCUCAAAAUAUUUGUCAGCUAAGCAUUGACCUUGAUAUGAGUAAACAAGUCAGUAGAUUAAGCACUUAUAAAUUCCCCCAUAGGAUUCCAACAUUGUCCUGUGUUGUUGGAUCACUUUAUCAGUUCAUGUACACUCCUGUUUCUUACAUCCUCUCGUCCUUUUAGGUUUAGGAACCCAUGCUGUGAGGUGAAUGCUCAAACUCCUUCCUGUACAUAGACUGGUAAUGGUUUCACUCAUCUGUACAGGUUCCUAUAUGAUUAGUUUAGACUCACUAGUUCUGUGGCCUGUUUUCUGUAUUGUUUCCAGCCGUAGCUUUUGGGUACAUGGUCGUAAGCUUCCUACGAGUGGCAACAGGGACUUUUACCCUUUGCCUCAAGUCUGCCCUUAUACCACCGACAUCACCUUUAGUCGUAAAGAGAAAGGCGUAAAAUGCUUAUUAUUAUGGCUGUAGAUAUAGAGUUAAAUAAUUGUAAGGUAAUUAUGGUAGCCAAAAUCUAUGGGUCUGGGAGAAUCUUCAAUUAACCUGUAGGGUCUUUCAAAGUCCUGCCGGUAAUACCAAAGACUGUGUGUAUUCAAUGCACAUAAUAUUGUCCGGCAUGAGAAAGCUCCUUGUGUGUCCUUGAUGGGAUUAACACUGCCCAAUCAGCUGCCUCAUCUCAUACUGUAGUGUUUUCUGUAUUGUUGGGAACUCCCGUUAUAUGUUCGUCCUAACAUGCUUAUGGCACCUCACCCUAAUGCACGUACCUUUUUGUUCUCUACACUAAGGCACUUGUUUCCCCAGAAUUCUAGUUUUGUCCCCUGCACAAUUUGAUUAUAGUCACAUUUCCUUUAUACAAUGUCAUAAGUUACAAGCUCAAUAGUCUUAAGCAGGCUGUGCUUUCUUCCUUUUGCUUCAUUCUAGGUGACUUAACAAAUUAUAGUGUACAGACAGCUGAACUGUCCUCUGUUCUCAAUUUUAUCCAGCUUUCUCAAGUGCACUCCAGAUUAACUCAAUCUUAAUGACUGAUGUAAAUUUUUCAUGACUGCCAUCUGCUUUUUCCCCUUAACUAAACUUUAAAGUCAAGGUAGGGUGAGGUGAGGUUUGUAAUCAGUCUCUUUGAUUCUGAACUACACCUCUUGCAAGCAUGCCACCAAAAUAUGUUACCACUACCAGUGAAUCCUAGUUAUGCACUGCACCUGAGUGUGUUACAUUUUCUCCUUUUCUGUAUUCCAGUGUUGCAAAUAUUGUAUAGUUAUGCUGUAAGAGAUUUUUUGAGGAAAUACAGUGAACCUGGGGAAACAGAUUUGAAAACCACAUGAUAUUUAAGCUUCACACCGAGCCUUGGACCAAGUUACAAGUUUUGUAAAUGGUGUACUCAGGUCAUUACUGAUAUUGGAGUGAUGUAUGACAGUGUCUCAGACAUGUUCAGUUUUGUAACUGCAAGCUAUUUAAAUCCAGUGAAAGAACAUUAAGUGGUACACAGGACCCUGAAGUGGCCUUUGACUUUGUGUUAAGUAGGUUGUGAGAAAGACAAGAUACAUCAAAUACUAGAAAAUUGCUUCACCAGCAGCUUGUGAAAUGUGAUGCGACUGUGAUGUUUGUGAAGAAAUUCCUACGUGUGAAAAGUAUGAUGUUGUGCCUUGUAUUCUGGGUGGUAGUUUGUGUUUGUGGUAAGUGCAGAAAACAAAAUUAGUGUUAAAUAUUGAACUGUUGAAUAUUUCUCUGGAUGUUGCAAAAUUAUGGCCGUGUCAUAACAUAUUGCUGUGAAUGUCUUUGUGCAGGCUGUGGAUGAUGGUCAGAGUAGUGUAUAUAUACAUUGUUGUGUCUGAGACUCACAUCAACUAACAUUUGCUUCUACACAUGAAUGGUCAGCCCCAGUAAGGGAAAUUUUAAUAUCACUGUCACCACCUAAUAUAUUGUAUCAUUUCAGGCUAUUUUAAAUUAUUACAGUAGUCUCUUUUCUUGUUUAUUGUAAUUUUCAAAAUCAGCCAACUUUUUACUGUACAUGUAUUUAACACUGCUGGUCCUACUGCCUCCUUUUACCUAACUUAGGCAGCUACUCCUUGUGGUGCAUGUCUGAACUACUAAGUGGGGGAUGUACCUGAAGCUUGACCAAAUAAUCAAGUGCACUGUUCCUGCUGAACACAACCUUCACUAGUGGUCACCUUGUGUCUGUGUUGCUGGUUAGUUCCACAGUUUUGUGCCAACCAAGUUACAUAAGUUCAGUUGAUCGUGUGUGUGCAUGCGUGUUUGUGUGUGUGUAUGCAACUGAAAUCUUAUUUAACACUGCAUUAUUUAGGCAUGUCAGAGUCUCAAACAUUCCACAACCAGAUGUUGGGUUAAUUAUGAAUUGAACAGAUUGGGAAAAAUAGGGAAAUUGGAGUAGAUUCAAUGGAAUGACAAGAAUUGAUGCUAUAGUGCAUAAGAUAUUUUUUCAUGUGGCCAGUUUAUAAUUAUUACUAGCAAUUGACAAAUUAUCUAAUAAUGUUGCAAAUUUUCUCCAAGUAAUAUUUCCAUUUAUAAUUUCAUAACUGCUCUAUUUUUUUGUGGAAUGUCCAGCCGUCUUGGGGUGUAAGGGGGCAGGGGAGGAGCCGCCAGGCUCUCAGGGUUGGGCGAGCGGAAGGUUUUUGGUUUGUUAAUUUAUGUAUCGUGUUUACUUACAAAAUAAUUUUCUGGGUUUUGUUGUUGUUAUGGUUGCAUUAAAAUAUGGUUUUAUUGGGUAAAAUUGUUACUUUAAAACUUUUAUGGAAAUUUAAUGGAGAAAUUAACUGAAAACUAACAUUAGCUUAUUUAAUGAGAUGUUUAUUUAUGCUUUCAAUUCAAUUUAACUGGAUGAUAUUGAUAUGUUUUUCUUUUAAUAGUUACUGGAAUCAUGAAUUUAUAUUUUUUGUCAGAAUUGGAAUGGGGAGAGGGGAACUGACCUCCAACUCUCCACAAAUCACCCUAUGUAUAUAGUAUAUAUUUUUUUCAAUGCAGAAAGAAGAGGCUGGUUGAGCACACUCCUGGCAGCCUAUUUCAGUGCAUUCCUUUGUUGUUACAUGAAUAUGGUUCUUGUUGCAACCAGUGUAAAAUAAAAUGAAUUUACAUGCAA